GCGAGCCUGGCCAGCGAAGGGAGCCGCGGGGCGCGCGCCCCAGGAGGGGCUUCGGAACCGCGCAGGAUGCCCCACGAAGAGCUGCCGUCGCUGCAGAGACCUCGCUAUGGCUCGAUUGUGGACGAUGAAAGACUCUCUGCAGAGGAGAUGGAUGAGAGGCGGCGGCAGAACAUUGCUUAUGAAUAUUUGUGCCAUCUGGAGGAAGCCAAGAGGUGGAUGGAAGUCUGCUUAGUUGAAGAAUUGCCACCAACCACUGAACUGGAAGAAGGGCUCCGGAAUGGAGUUUAUCUUGCAAAGUUAGCCAAGUUCUUUGCCCCGAAAAUGGUAUCAGAGAAAAAGAUCUACGAUGUGGAACAAACACGUUAUAAGAAGUCUGGCCUUCAUUUUCGACACACAGACAACACAGUCCAGUGGUUACGAGCCAUGGAGUCCAUCGGUCUACCCAAGAUAUUUUAUCCAGAAACAACAGAUGUCUAUGAUCGGAAAAACAUACCCAGAAUGAUAUACUGCAUUCAUGCACUCAGUUUAUAUCUAUUCAAACUAGGAAUCGCACCCCAGAUCCAGGACUUGCUGGGCAAAGUGGACUUCACAGAGGAGGAAAUCAGUAACAUGAGGAAAGAACUGGAGAAGUAUGGAAUACAGAUGCCAUCUUUCAGCAAAAUAGGUGGUAUUCUGGCCAAUGAACUGUCUGUGGACGAAGCUGCAUUGCAUGCUGCAGUAAUAGCCAUCAAUGAAGCUAUCGAAAAAGGAGUGGCGGAGCAGACCAUCGUAACACUAAGAAACCCAAACGCAGUUUUAACUUGUGUGGAUGACAGCUUGGCCCAAAAAUAUCAGAAGGAACUUUGGGAAGCCAAAAAGAAUAAAGAGGAAAAUGCAAGGCUGAAGAAUAGCUGUAUUUCAGAAGAAGAAAGAGACGCAUAUGAAGAACUGCUGACACAAGCAGAAAUCCAAGGCAACAUCAAUACAGUCAACAGGCAGGCUGCUGUGGAUCACAUCAAUGCUGUCAUUCCGGAAGGCGACCCUGCAAAUACACUGCUUGCACUGAAGAAACCAGAGGCCCAGCUGCCUGCCGUGUAUCCCUUUGCUGCUACCAUGUAUCAGAAUGAACUCUUCAGCCUCCAGAAACAGAAUGCCAUGAACUACUUGGCCCACGAAGAGUUGUUGAUCGCGGUGGAAAUGCUGUCUGCAGUUGCCCUGCUAAACCAGGCCUUGGAGAGCAAUGAUCUUGUGUCUGUGCAGAAUCAACUCAGAAGCUCCGCAAUAGGUGUCAACAACGUGGACGAGGCACAUGUGGAACGGCAUGUGUUUCUAGUUGAGAAUGUAUCUGAUAGUAAAAUUGCUGACUCACAUGGAAUUGUGGCUCUAGGAUACAUCAAUGAAGCUAUAGAUGAAGGGAAUCCUUUUAAAACGCUAGAAACCUUGAUGUUACCUACUGCUAAGAUCAAAGAUGUAGAACCAGGCCAUGCGCAACACUACCAGGAUGUUUUGUACCGAGCAAAAUCACAGAAACUCACGGACCCUGAUAGUAUUUCUAAAGUUCUUUGGCUGGAUGAGAUACAGCAAGCCAUUGAUGAAGCCAACACACAUGAGAGCAGAGCAAAGCAAUGGCUUACACUGGUCAUUGAUGUCAACAAGUGUUUGGAUGGGAACAAAACAAAUGAUAUUUUGUCUGCAUUGAAGACAUCUGCUACUAAUGUUCAAGACAUAAUCCCUGAGUGUGCUGAUAGGUACUACAAUGCCCUCUUAAAAGCCAAACAGUCCAAAUCUCAAACUGUUACUAAUGAAGAAGGUUCCUGGAUCAAAUUCAAUCUACAGGAGAAAUACGACUACUAUUACAAUGUCGAUUCACAAGAGAGUUCCUGGGUCCCACCCAAAUCAGGAUUGCCUAAAGAAUCAUGGCUUACAGGAAAAGAAAUUGAGGACAUCAUUGAGGAAGUCACAGCAAACUACAUCCGUCAGCAUCUCUGGUCUGCUCCUGAAGACUUGCUCCUUCGCUUCCAGGACACCACCUCAGGACCCAGCCUUAGGGAAGAGUUUGAAGCUAGGAAAUCCUUUUUGGGUGAUCAAAUAGGAAAUGUGGUCAAGAUACAGGCUUAUUGGAAGGGACAAAAACAACGCAAAGACUAUCUGAGCAGGCAGCAAGUGUUCCUUGGCAACGUUGAUUCUGUUGUGAAGAUCCAGUCCUGGUUCCGGAUGGCAGCAGCAAGGAAGAAUUACCUCUCACGACUGCAGUACUUCAAAGAUCACAAAAAUGAAAUUGUGAAAAUACAGUCUCUCCUGAGAGCAAACAAAGCUAGAGAUGACUACAAAACACUAGUUGGUUCUGAAAACCCACCAUUAACAGUAGUCCGCAAGUUUGUACAUCUGUUAGAACAAAGUGACCUGGACUUCCAGGAAGAGCUGGAGGUGGCGCGAUUAAGAGAGGAAGUGGUGACCAAGAUCAGGGCUAAUCAGCAGCUGGAGAAAGACCUCAACCUGAUGGACAUCAAGAUUGGACUUCUGGUGAAGAACAGGAUCACGCUGGAGGAUGUAAUCUCACAUAGAAAAAAGCUGAAUAAGAAAAAGGGAGAACUGGAACUUCUGAAUAACACCGACAACCAGGGGAUCAAAAGCCUUAGUAAAGAACGGAGGAAAACACUAGAGACAUACCAGCAGCUGUUUUACCUUCUACAGACCAACCCUUUAUACCUGGCUAAGCUGAUUUUCCAAAUGCCACAGAACAAGUCGACUAAAUUUAUGGACACUGUUAUUUUCACACUGUACAAUUAUGCCUCUAAUCAGCGAGAAGAGUACCUACUCCUCAAGCUUUUUAAAGCUGCUCUGGAGGAAGAAAUAAAAUCAAAGGUGGACCAGGUACAAGAAAUAGUCACUGGAAACCCUACAGUCAUCAAGAUGGUCGUCAGUUUCAACAGAGGUGCCCGGGGUCAGAACACACUGCGCCAGCUCCUGGCUCCAGUGGUAAAGGAGAUCAUUGAUGACAAGUCCCUGAUCAUCAAUACCAACCCCGUAGAGGUGUACAAGGCAUGGGUGAACCAGCUGGAAACACAGACAGGAGAGGCCAGCAAGCUGCCUUAUGAUGUAACCACAGAACAAGCUCUAACAUACCCAGAAGUGAAAAAUAAACUGGACACAUCCACUGAGAACCUGAGAAGGGUCACUGACAAAGUCUUGAACUCUAUUAUUUCUUCUCUUGAUCUAUUGCCUUAUGGAUUGAGGUAUAUAGCCAAAGUACUGAAGAAUUCGAUCCAUGAGAAAUUUCCUGAUGCAACAGAAGAUGAGCUAUUAAAGAUUGUUGGAAACCUCCUGUACUACCGGUACAUGAACCCAGCCAUCGUGGCUCCAGAUGGCUUUGACAUCAUUGACAUGACAGCUGGAGGGCAGAUCAACUCUGACCAGAGGAGAAACUUGGGGUCCGUAGCCAAGGUGCUUCAGCAUGCAGCCUCUAACAAGCUGUUUGAGGGAGAAAAUGAGCACCUCUCAUCUAUGAACCAUUAUUUAUCAGAGACAUACCAGAAAUUCAGGAAAUAUUUCAAAGAAGCAUGUGAUGUCCUUGAACCAGAAGAAAAGUUUAAUAUGGACAAAUACACAGACUUGGUGACAGUCAGCAAACCAGUCAUUUAUAUUUCCAUUGAAGAAAUCAUCAGUACGCAUUCACUCCUGUUGGAACAUCAGGAUGUGAUUGCUGCAGAGAAGAGCGACUCACUCAAUGAGCUGCUUGAGACGCUGGGAGAGGUGCCCACCAUAGAAUCCUUUCUGGGGGAAGGAUCCAUUGACCCCAACGACCCUAACAAGGAAAAUACACUAAAUCAACUCUCCAAGACUGAGAUUUCCCUUUCCUUGACCAGCAAAUAUGACCUAGGAGAUGGUGAAUCUGUGGAUAGCCGAAGCCUCAUGAUAAAGACCAAAAAGAUGAUCAUUGAUGUGAUUCGGAACCAGCCAGGAACCUCAUUAACUGAAAUCUUAGAGACACCAGCAACCGAAGAACAGGAAGAAGAACACUCCAAAGACAUGGUGAGCCGUGCAAUUUUGGAUUCCAGGACUCCUGGGUUGACUCACGAGCAACCACUAAUUGAAGAAGGUCAUCUGCCUCUUGAGCAGAAGAAGAGGAAAAUCCAGAGGAGUCUUCGCACACUGGAGCAGACCGGACACGUAUCAUCCAAAGACAAAUACCAAGACCUUCUCAACGAGAUUGCCAAGGAUAUUCGAAAUCAAAGAAUCCAUCGCACGCUUCGGAAGGCUGAAUUGGCAAAACUUCAGCAGACUCUGAAUGCACUUAAUGAGAAGGCAACAUUUUAUGAGGAACAGAUUAAUUAUUAUGACACCUACAUAAAGACUUGUUUAGAUAACCUGAAAAGGAAGAAUUCUCGGAGGUCAAUUAAACUAGAUGUAAAGGCAGAGCCCAAAGGCACAAAGAGAGCCAAGCCAGUGAGAUACACCGCCGCCAAGCUGCAGGAGAAAGGAGUCCUGCUGGAGAUAGAUGAUCUUCUGACAAACCAGUUUAAGAAUAUUACAUUUGAUAUCAUGGCUACCGAAGAUGUGGGCAUCUUUGAUGUCAGAUCAAAAGUCCUCGGUGUAGAGAUGGAAAAAGUACAACUCAAUAUUCAGGAUUUGCUCCAGAUGCAAUAUGAAGGAGUAUCUGUGAUGAAAAUGUUCGAAAAGGUUAAAGUGAAUGUCAACCUUCUCAUAUACCUGCUCAACAAGAAGUUCUAUGGAAAAUGAAGUGCCUGCAGAGAUGUCAUGGAUUCCGUAUCAUCUGGAUUAAGAAAUGAAUUUGCUUAGUAUUUUUGUUUUUAACAUGAUUGAAAUCACUGCUCUUAAACGUGUGAUUUUUCUUAAAAGACCAAAACUGUUUGGAAGAAUGUACCCAUGUGCCUUUUUGAUAAUUUGAUACUACAGUAAGAUAACACACACACAAAUGAAUUAAUGUAAACACAUCCACAUUGUACUGUGGUAUAGCUAGGUACUCUUAAUUGAACUCUCAAUACCCGGUGAUUAUUUUAAACUAGAAAGACAAGUUUAGAUGACUAGAGACAAAUGUGUAAACUUAUUUUCCUAUGAGAAAUUUUAAAAUAUCCCACUUGAAUAAUGUAAAUUCUUCAUGGAUUUUUUUUGAUCUAUGAAGAAAUGUAAACCUAAUGAAUUUGUAAUGAAUUAUUUAGAUGUUGAGUUCGAAGCCCUGUCAUCUGGGAAUUACUGAUUUUAAAGAGAACUUUUGUGCAAUUCAAGAUGAAGUUUUUAUAAGUAAUUGAAAGUGACAAUACAGUAGCACUUUCAGUAUGAAAGUAUAUAUUUUAUGUGAUUUAUUCCUACUAAAAGAAAGUGCACUACUCCUGCAAAGACUCUAAUACAUUAGAGUCUCUAGUGCCCAAGAAAUACUAUGGACAGUGUCACAGCCCCCACCUCUACUACCCCUCACAAUUUAUUUGAAUACUACAAUUGUGCCUCUCAAUUUUUUGUAAUGAUAUAAAAAUCAGUAUCUAGAUUGUUUUUAAAUGUAUUCUUUGAAAAUUGUUUUAUGUAAAAUAAAUGUUAC